AUGGCGUCACGUAUGGAACCAUUCGAAAGCACCUGCCCCCCCAAUGUCGAUUCCAUCUCCGCUUCUCUACGCUUGUACCGCGGACACCUGUCACGUGUCAUAAAGUCUUCCGCCAAAGCAACAUCAGACUUCAUGGACUCUCAAGACAGUGCCUCGCUAACGGAAAAGAAAGACAACAUUCGAAAAUAUUUCAGAAGGAUCGAAAACCUCACCCUCAUCCUGCAAGAUAUCGACCCGGACAACGCCCCAAAAUACGAUGCGGACCUCGUCUUUGAUGGAGAGAGAAGCGACGAAGCAAUCCAC